GUGGCCGUUCCGACCCAGAGCCCCGGGUCACCCAUGAGGUUGGAGGCCGCAGCCAGGAUGGAUCUGUUCAGGAAGCUGUGGAAAGCGAGGAAGCUGAUCGUUGUGGUGUUCAUCCCGCUGUCCCUGCUUCCCUUACCGCUCAUCCACCCCACCAGCGAGGCAUGCUGUGCAUACGUGCUGAUGGUGACGGCAGUCUACUGGGUGUCUGAGGCUGUUCCCCUGGGUGCUGCUGCUCUGGUACCCGCCUUCCUCUAUCCCCUGUUUGGGGUACUCAAGUCCAGUGAGGUGGCAGCAGAGUACUGUAAAGACACCACUCUUCUGCUGAUGGGAGUCAUCUGCCUGGCAGCCUCCAUAGAGAAGUGGAACCUUCACAAACGCAUUGCUCUGCGCAUGGUGAUGAUUGCAGGGGCCAAGCCUGGCAUGUUGGUGCUGGGCUUCAUGUGCUGCACAGUGUUUCUGUCCAUGUGGCUCAGCAACACAUCCACUACAGCCAUGGUGAUGCCCAUAGCUGAGGCCGUCCUGCAGCAGCUUAUCUGCACCGGCCUGGCUGACAGUCACAAUGACUCUGAAACUGUGGAGGCCCCUGAGGAUGACAGCGCUGUUUCAGACAAAGAAGAGAACCUGGACAAAAACCAGUUAGAGCUGCUCUAUCGCAACGACAGCAGCGACUGCACUAAACAGGAGCUCUCUACACUAAGUGAGGUACAGACUGGGGAAGUAAAUGGCUUGGGUCUAAUUCCAGUCUCAGACCAGGAUUUCAUCAGACACGCUAAUGGACACCUGCCACAGGUUGCGAUUGAAAUCCCAAACGUGAAGCGGGUGAAGGCCAGGAGAGACUCCCAGUAUCCCACCAAGAGGGAUCACAUGAUCUGUAAAUGCCUGUCGCUCAGCAUCACCUACGCUGCGACCAUCGGCGGUCUCAUCACCAUCACCGGCACGUCAACCAACCUCAUCUUUGCUGAGCAGUUUAACAAUCGUUAUCCAGAUGCGAAGGUGAUAAACUUCGGCACGUGGUUCAUCUUCAGCUUCCCCAUCGCCAUCAUCAUGCUGGUCCUCACCUGGCUCUGGCUGCACUUCCUCUUCCUUGGCUGCAACUUCAGGGAAACGUGCUCGUUGAGUAAGAAGCGCAAAACCAGGAGAGAGAUACUGUCAGAGAAGAGGAUCCAUGAGGAGUACGCAAAACUGGGACCCAUCAGCUACCCAGAGGUGGUGACCGGUGUUUUCUUCAUCCUGAUGACUCUGCUGUGGUUCACCAGAGAGCCUGGUUUUGUGCCCGGCUGGACAUCUCUUUUUGAGAAGAAAGGCUACAGGACUGAUGCAACAGUAUCUGUCCUUCUGGGAUUCCUGCUCUUCCUCAUCCCAGCCAGGCGACCCUUCUCUUCCUCUAGCUAUAGAAACACAGAUGACGAUGACCCACUUGCUCCCAUGAUCACCUGGAAGGACUUCCAGAGACUGAUGCCAUGGGAAAUUGUCAUCCUGGUGGGAGGAGGCUAUGCACUGGCUGCUGGUUGCAAGGUGUCUGGCCUGUCAGUGUGGAUCGGGAGACAGCUGGAGCCCAUGAGUGGUCUUCCUCCCUGGGCCGUCACCCUACUGGCCUGCCUGCUGGUGUCAGCGGUCACAGAGUUUGCCUCUAACCCGGCAACCCUCACCGUCUUCCUACCCAUCCUGUCAGCGCUGUCUGAGACUCUGCGCAUCAACCCCCUCCACACUUUGAUCCCGUCCACCAUGUGCGUGUCGUUCGGGGUCAUGCUUCCAGUGGGGAACCCCCCCAACGCCAUCGUCUUCAGUUACGGCCACGUGCAGAUCAGCGACAUGGUGAAAGCAGGCUUCGGGGUGAACCUGAUCGGCGUGGCGGUGGUUAUGUUGGCCAUCACCACAUGGGGGGUUCCCCUCUUCAACCUGACUGAGUUCCCAGCCUGGGCAGUGGCAAGGAACGUUACCGGGAGUUUAUAACCACCGCUGGGUUAGCGCCUGUGGGAAGAAGAGGGGAUGAAUCACUGAAAGACAGAAAGAGAGAAAGAAAUGGGACAGUGUUUCUGAAGAGAAAGACGACACGAAAGUGACAUACGAUGUGUCAGGAGGAGGUGUUAAGCCCUUCCUUAGACUGAUCAAACUGGACCUGAAGGAGAGAGAAGGCUCGAGAGGAGGAUCGAGAGAAGUGAAAAACAUUAUCCGUUGCUUAGAUAUAAUAAUUAGAGUUAUAUUUUUGUUGGCAAUAAGAGGGCGUUAAGAGGAAUGCAGAAUGCCUUUGCCAAAGUGGCCACUGUAUUGAGCGCUGACCUCCAGCAAAAACAUUUUCUUACCUCUGUUAACAAAGUUUGAUGGAGAUUCUGUUCUCACCGAAUCACUGAAGAUAUUACUAAAAGCUACAAACAUUUUUUUGGUGAUCAAGAACUGAUAUUCUGUUUGAUUUAGAAUAAACAAUGAUAAGUUAGGUUUUUAGCAGCUGCCUUAAAGUGUUUUCAGAGCCACAUCAUGCCAAGUUCUGUGGAUUAGUUGAUGUUUAGGUAGAAAUAAGCUAUAUGGCCAUUGUAGAUCAGCCUCUUUUUACUGCCUGCUUGCUGAACUUCUGCUGCACUUUAAUGUAUUGCUCUCUAACCUGAUCACAUCCAUUGCGACAUGGUGGGCUGGUGACAAGUUUGCUGACAGAAUUUAGUUUUGAUGUACAGUGUAAAAGAAAGCAGCUGACUGCUGUAUUAAAGCAACAGAAAAGCAUGAAAAGAGGCUUCUACUGUGGCCGAUAAUGUACUGUAUACAUAGAGACUUACUGUCAAGCCUUUCAGAUGUACCUUUUCACGAGUGUCUAUAUGACCUCGUUCUAAAGAUAGAAUAGCUUGUAUAUAUUUAGCAACAAAUUGAAAGCUUAUACACUGUCCAUAGGCUUCUUAAUAUCUACCUGACUUUACCAAAGUUUCUGAAGCAGAUUUUGUGCCCCAUCAUACUGUGAACAUUUUGGAGUUUGUUGGCCACAUUUACUCAAAGCUCUUUGUAGUACCGCAAGUGCCUUUACCAUAUUAUUGCCUAUCACACUACACUUUUAACAUGACUGUCUGUGGUGGGAAUCCAAGCUCUAACCCUUACACUGUUAAUGCCUUGCUGUUAAAGAUGGGCUACGCGAUUCUGGAGAAUCCCAUACCAUGAAAGAUACCAUGAUAUAUAGUGAACAACAACACAGUUGUAACGUCAGCUAAGCUGUGGGUUUGUGAACUGUUGCUGCUACAAAGCUAACAUGCAGAGAGGAUGAUACAGUCCCAGAGCCAGCACACCAGCUCCAAACAGCAAUGCUCACAACACCCCUGCUACUAUGGCUAACAUCACAACAAACCGCUUAUAUUGGCAAAUUAUAAAGUAAGCUAAAUGUCUGUGGGCAACUCAUUUAACGUUACCUGACACACACAUCAUGGCUGGAAUGGUGAUGUGCAGCUCGCUCUGACCCACUUUGUUUGUUUCCCGUUUACAGAGCCAGGGCUGUGUACAAACACCAGAUUUUUUUCAGCACACACACAGAACGGACAGACAUAAAGAUGUGUUGUGGAUCAGAAUCACAUACCCCACCUUUAAUCUCAGAGCAGUUCAGGAACUCAGUCCACCACCACCCUACUUAAAUUACGCAGUAGUGUAAUUGCUUUUUACUGUGCUAUUUCUCAGCCAUAUUCUUGUACUUGAUACCAUUACAAUUUUGAGAAUGUAAGCUGUACCGUAUUUAAGGUAUAGAAAGUCCCGGGAUGGUUGACUAAUCCUACCAUCAUGUAUUUUAUACUAACUUGAUUUCUUGUAGCUUGUCCUCAUUUUGCAGUUAUGAACAUAUGUACACUUGAGGUUAGACACGCUCAGAAAUAGUUUCUGAAGUCAUCAAAUCUGAGAUGUGUGCUGGGGUCCUUACUUAUGCCAGUAAUAAUGAUCUUUAAACAUGAAGAUAAAAUUCUGUUAGUCAGCAGGUAAAACACACUUAAACAUCUAUCAAGUAUCACCAGCUACAGUAAUCACAAAUAUAUAUUUUAUGAAAUUUGUUACAUUAGUGUGUUAAUCAACAGAAUGACCAUGUUUGGUAUUUAUUAGUAGUCACCUUGUAGGUGUUACUUUUCUCCUGGCUGGGUAGCACACAAAGAAAUUCAUGUUUGGGAAGGUGAGUACCUCCAAGUUAUUGUUGAACGCAGCAUUCAAAGCUUUAAGGAAGAGAGAAACGGUGAGGUAGCACAGUCUCAUGGUACAGUAGUUUGUUCAAUCAACUGUCAAAUCAUAACUUGUCUGGUUGUGAAAAGGUUUGCACAUAACAUUCACAGUACUGUGUAAAAAUAUAAAAGAUAUGCUUUAUAUUUUUACACAAAUUUUAAAUGUAAUUUGUGGCUUUUUUAUAUUAUUGCAUUAUAAGUUGAGGUGUUCGCGUAGGCAGAAUCAAAAGCCUAAACAAAGCCUUUUCUUUUGUAAUGUAUUCGGUUCUACUGAAGAUUUCAUACAUCUUGAUGGUUUUACAGAAGUGACCUUUGACCCAGGGGCCACACUCCUUUGUAAAUACAUACAGAUUUGUAAUAUAAAGAUAAUGUGCCUUUUGCCUGUUUCUAAAUGAGCUGUAAUAUUCCUACUCAGACAAAAACUAGAGUUAGGAUGAUACAUCAUAUAUGCACAACAAUAAAAACAACUAAAA